UUCAUAUAAAUACCACCAACGAAACUUUUUACUUCACACUUGUCACCGAGUGAUAGACAAAAUGCGCGUCUUCAUCUUCUUGGCCCUUUGCUUCGCUGCAGUAGUAGCUGUCCCAUCCAAUCCCCAAAGGAUUGUGGGCGGUUCGGUUACGACUAUUGAUCGGUACCCUACCAUCGCCUCUCUCCUGUAUUCAUGGAACUUGAGCAGCUACUGGCAGGCUUGCGGUGGUACCAUCUUGAACAACCGCGCCAUCCUUACUGCUGCUCACUGCACAGUUGGUGACGCCGUCAGCAGAUGGAGAAUCCGUCUUGGCUCCACCUGGGCCAACAGCGGUGGUGUCGUUCACAACGUCAACGCUAACCUCGUCCACGGCUCAUACAACUCUAGGACUAUGGACAACGACAUUGCUAUCCUCCGCUCCGCUUCCACCUUCUCCUUCAACAACAACGUCCGCGCUGCCUCCAUCGCUGGUGCCAACUACUGGCCUGGUGACAACACUGCUGCCUGGGCCGCUGGAUGGGGAACCACCUCCUCUGGUGGCUCUGCCUCUGAGCAGCUCCGUCAUGUUGAGCUGAGGAUCAUCAACCAGAAUACUUGCAGAAACAACUACGCUACCCGCGGUAUCGCUAUUACCGACAACAUGUUGUGCUCUGGCUGGCCCACCGGUGGUCGCGACCAGUGCCAGGGUGACUCUGGCGGUCCUCUCUACCACAACGGCAUCGUUGUUGGUGUCUGCUCUUUCGGUAUUGGCUGUGCUCAGGCUGCCUUCCCCGGUGUCAACGCUCGCGUGUCCCGCUACACAUCUUGGAUCUCCAACAACGCAUAAGAAGGGAAUUUUGCCCAGUUUGCUAAAUAAAAUUAUGUUUGUAAUCAAGUAAACUGGAACAGUGACCACUUAUGUUUCUUUGUUUACAAUAAAUGUU